GAAGAAUAAGCAUGAAAAGAUUAACGAUGGGAAAGACAUAUAUGGAAAAUCGGAUGUAAGACGAAUAGAACAAGAAGAAACCAUAAAGCAAUUGAAGCCGAAUGGUGCAAGUAUCGUCGUUCAUCCGGAAAUACAUAUUCCGGCAAUGAUAUCUGACACUGAUGAGGAGCAUAAAAAAGAAAUGAAUGAAGGAAAUCGGAGUUUAGAUGUGAAUAAAACCAGUCCGCAAAUUAAAUUGGAUAAAGGAGAAGUUCGAAUUUUUCUUCGGGAAACAGGCCCAAAAGCGCAUCAUUCAGAAGCAGUGCAAAGACCACAAACAGCUAGUGAUUCAGAAUCUCGAAUGAUUGUUGGUGAAGAUCCAAGAUUGUAUUAUACCGAUUCGGAAUGCGUCACAUCUCAUGGCAAGCAUUUCCAAAGGCAAUUUUUGAUGCGUGUUAACAUCAGUGAAGAUCGCUCAAGCAUUCUUCCGGGCCGUUUAUUACCGCAUCAGUCUUCGUCAUCAUCCACAGAUCACGCACGCGAAGCACAAUUCACAACGACUGAAGUUCAGCACACCUUACAUCAACCACAAUUGCCACCUGGUGAAACUGGCCGAAUUCACUGCAAACACACUCUUGUAUAG